AUGAGUUCCGAACAUGCCCAGUCGUCGAAAAGACGAUGUGUCAGCACAGCUUGCGUUGCCUGUCGCAAGAGAAAGUCCAAGUGUGAUGGAAAUCUUCCAAGCUGUGCGGCUUGUUCAUCAGUAUACCAUACCCCUUGCGUAUAUGAUCCCAACUCGGAUCAUCGUCGCAAAGGUGUCUAUAAAAAGGACACGGAUACCUUGCGCACUAAAAACACCACUUUGCAAACCUUGAUCCAGGCAAUUCUGAACUAUGAUGAAACAGAUGCUUUUGACCUGGUGCGCCAGAUCCGCGCUUGCGAUGACCUCGAGGAUGUGGCAAACGCGGUCCUUGCCCAAGAGAACGGGCUUUCAUCAAAAAAUCAAGCUGCACAUGAAUCCUCCAGUGAGAACACGAAUGAAAUCAAUCAAUUUGAAUCAGCACUGGCUGGAAAAAUGAGCGAGCUGAUGUUAGACGGCUCACGCAAAUUCAUCGGAGGGACAUCAAACCUUAUCUUCUUACCGCCAGGCUCAGAGCUUCACGAGGCAGCUGCGGUCACAAACAAUCUAUCUCUUGAGACUGGCCAAAUACACGCCGUGAGCCGAUGGACGCAAGUCACGGAUGACGACUCGUUGAUCAGCCAUUUGAUGACCAUGUAUUUCACUUGGCAUUAUCCAUUUUUCACCACUCUCUCCAAAGAUUUGUUCUAUCGGGACUACAUUCGCGGAAUCUCCAGCUCCUAUUGCUCUGCCUUGCUCGUCAAUGCCAUGCUUGCUCUCGGUUGCCAUUUCAGUUCAUGGCCAGGCGCUUUUGAUGAUCCCAAAGACCUUGCAACGGCGGGCAAUCAUUUCUUCAAAGAAGCGAAACGACUCGUCCUGGAAAAUGAUGAGCAUGAGAAUGCCAAGCUAUGUACAGUCCAAGCAUUUGCACUCAUGUCUGUCAGAGAGGCAGGAUGUGGUCGCGAAGGAAAAGGCUGGGUCUACAGUGGCCUCAGUUUCCGCAUGGCUUUUGAUCUCGGGCUCAAUCUGGAUUCUCAGAACAUUGGCGCCCACAGCCUCAGCGAUGAAGAAAUCGAUGCUCGCCGGGUCACAUUCUGGGGCUGCUAUCUCAUUGACAAAUGUUGGUCAAAUUAUCUUGGUCGGCAGCCUCAACUGACCUCCGCAAACGCCAAUGUUCCCAAAUUUGAUGUCUUCCCACGAGAGGAGACAGAGUUAUGGUCGCCAUACACUGACUCUGGUGUGGGUCAUGAGCAUACUCAGGCAUCGCGGAUUCGGGCUGUUGCUCUCCAGAUUUCUAAACUCUGCGAAAUCAGUAGCGAUUUACUGGUGUUUUUCUACCAUCCAACCGAGCUUGAGAAAUUCCAGCCCAAGCAGUCGGAGCUGAAGAAACUAAGUGAUGUCCAUACCCGGCUUGAGGCGUGGAAAAACAAACUGCCCAAGGAGCUGGUCGCCAAAGAAGGGCAGCUGCCUCAAGUGCUCGUUAUGCACAUGCUGUAUCAGCUACUAAUUAUCCACCUCUAUCGGCCUUUCUUGAAAUAUACCAAGGCUAAUACACCGUUGCCACCCCAUGUCUCACCUCGCAAAAUUUGCACACAGGCUGCUGCCACUGUCUCCAAGCUCUUGCGCGUGUACAAACGCUGCUAUGGAUUGAAACAAAUUUGCAAUAUUGUCGUUUAUAUCGCUCACACUACUUGCACUAUUCACCUUCUCAACCUCCCUGACAAAAACGCUCAGAGAGAUGUCAUCCACGGGUUGAAAAAUCUCGAAGAAAUGGCAGAGGGUUGGCUCUGUGCUCGACGUACCCUGCGCAUCCUGGACAUUUCCGCAAACAAGUGGAAUGUCGAGCUACCGCCUGAAGCAAUUGCCGUCUUCGAGCGAACUCAUGUCAAAUGGGGCUCAUGGGGCUCUUGGGAUCAAGCGGCAUCUCCUUCGAUGCCCGCAGAAUCCCCCACAUCAACUGUCAUGCAACCUGCCACAAGCCCCAGUCGAUUCUCACCAACUGCACCACCAUUCCAACCAUCCCGCGCGGAAAAGCACAAAAACCCUCCCACGGCUGGAAACCCUCGUAUGAGUCCUCAAUACGGCCCAGCCCCAACCUCCAUCCCCAUGUCUCUCCCGUCCAUGCGAGCAGCACACAGCGCUCUAUCAGCCCAACUUCAAAGGCCUGAUUUUGCCCCACCUGAACCCACGUACCUUCGGCCCCAAAUGGCCUACCAAUUUCCCCCUAUCGCACCUACCCCCUCAACUCCCCAGCAGGGGGCCUGGUUCGAUGGGUCAGGCGCCCAUGUCGCACCUCAAAAUGGAACGCCGCCACCAAAUGCAUCCCCCGUAUCUGGCUACGACGGUACUGAAAAUCUCGUCGAAGAGAGCCAGGACUGGUGGUCCAGGAAUGCCACAUAUGGUAUGGGUAUAGGUGGUUGGAACGGUUCUUGGAAUCCUGCACCUCCCAAUCCACAGCCUCACAUUGGAUUCCAGACUGAAAAUCUCGUUGCUGUUCCUCAGCCACCAGUGCCCGGUCCGGACACUGGCCCUGAGCAGCCCCAGACGCCAGUUGAUAUACCGAUCGCUCGGCCCCCUUUGGCUCCUGAUGGCAAUCCCACAUUCAGGGAUGGAUGGCAAUGA